AGUCUCUAAAUGUGCACACUCUGCUGUGAGAGCCACACAAGAUUGCAGACUUUGGAAGAUCAAAUAGGUCAUCAUCAUCAGGAGAAUCAAAUGAGUUGCAUUCAUAUUACGUAGUCAUCUCUUGCAGCUUGACAAAUACCAAGUACAUUUUAUUGUCUGAGAGGUGGUUGUUAGCAAGUUGCAUUUAUUGCUUACAGUCUUCUUUUAGGUGCAGCAUCUAUAGAAUGUUGUGCCUUUGGUUUAGCUUUGCUCAGUGUCAGUGUUUAGUUAUCUGAGAUGGCAUUAAUUAAGAUGGGUUUGCAUCUGAACAAAGAUAUUUACAAAUAGUGCCAAUAGACUGUAUGAUAGAUAUGCACACUAAAAUUUUAGAUUGCACAAUAGUGGAUACCCCAACAUUGACUAUUUGCAUAUAACUGCAUAGCAGUUAAAGUUUGCUAAUAAAAUGACAUUUAAUUGGACAGGUUGAUUUUUGUGUUUGCUUUCUGUUCAAGACUUUUUGCUUUUAUCUUGACUGUUUUUUGAGCCUAAAAUAUGUUAGUGUGUCAACUGGAAUUGUUAUAUUGCUAUUGGGCAGUGUGACAUUUGUCCUUCAGAGGAAUAGACGGGGGCAAGAAUAGGAAUCCAAGGGCAAGUAAACAUUGAUAUUAACAUUGAUUACAUGAUGGGAUGAACAGAUUUAUGUUAUUGGGUAAAGUGAGACUAUGCAAGUAUAUGUGUAUGCUUACAAAUUGAGGCAGGCAGGUAUCUCACACUGACAGACUGGGAUAAAUGGAGUGAUGCACUUGUAUGUAUGUACAGUUAUUAGUUUCUUUCUUUCUAGAGAAGUGAAAAAACACAAAGAUUGCAUAUGUACAUUGGUUAGUCGUGUGAAAUUCAUGGAAAAAAUCUUAUUGUCAUGGAUUGGAAAGAUCAGAGCGCUCGGUCUUGAGUUAAACUUUGAGUCAAUGUCUACAGUUGAAUGUGAUUUGUCUAACGGUUUCGAUUAUACUAAGCAGAUAGAACAAGAUGUCUUUAGAGGAGCCAAUGAUUUAUAUAGUAGAGAUGAUGGUGAUGGUAGUUCUUCAUCUGGAAUAGUAACUGAUGAAAAUGUUGUCGACAGAACAAGAUCAGCACAACUGUUGUCAGGCACUCAUGUGAAUGCUGAACAAACUGAACAAUUAAACGGCAAUGAAAAAAUGCAUAGUUGUCGCAAGACAAGGGUCAUUAAUACACCAGCGUAUCACAAGCCACUGAAUAGAUCUGAGGUUCAAGAUCCAGUUUCUUGUCUCUUUCUGGAUGAAACCUCUCAUCAUUCUGUUCUCCCUAUUCCACAGUCAGACUCACAGCUGUCACUUGACAUUACUUCUACUCCACAGCCUUCUCCUGAAGUACCAAAUAGAAGAACAGUGAAGAGUUUAGAAGGCAAACAAAGUUUAUUAGGACGAAGCAGGAAGUCAAGUCGAUUUAAAUACAUGUAUGUCGGAAGGAACAAGAUUAAGGAAGACAGGCAGAAUCAAACAGUUGGCAAGGAAUAUAAUCAGUUGGUUUUGGAUGAUAAAGGUUUGUUUGACGAUGAUAACAUGACUAAUGGAUUGGAUGCUCUGGAAGAUGGGCGUCCAGUGUGCACUGUUGAUAUGCAUGCAGAGGAAUACUCAGAAUGUCAGCAUGGCGAGUGGAAUCUUUAUACAGGUCUGAGGACUCCUCGAUCAGAUAAGACAAUAGUUCUAUUCAGUGAGGAUCGAAAUCAGUCUACAAGACAUCGAACAAUAACAAAUGAUGAUGAGUCAACAUGCUGGGAAUCUCCUUUUGAAGAUGAUGAUAAUGAUGAUGACUGCUAUCUUCAGGAGAAGUCAUUGGCACUGCUGAAUGAGAAUUUGGAUCAAUUGCGAGAGUUAUCACAAGGAUGUCCUGUUUUAAGUCGGCUAUACUGUCAUGUUGCCUCAGGAAGUCUUGAUGAUGAUAACGCUACUACGUAUGAAGACAAGGAUACAGCUGGACUCGCAGAGAGAUUGGAGACACCAAAUGGUGAUGUGGAUAGGAACAUAAAAUCAAAACGGCUUGGUGAUGAUCUUGGUUAUAAAUAUCAUGAGGUGGUUAGGAAAAAGGACUUGCGGCAGCAGCUUGAUGGACAUGUGUGUAAAUGCUGUGAAAAGUUUUAUCAAGACCAGAACUUGAGUCCCAAUUCAAAGCAUCAUCUUCUCAAGUUUGUGUCUCGUCACAAAUCUCUACACACACCUCCUCAGACUCCACCCGGAUUUUGGUCACUGCGUAUGCCAGAUAGUGAAGAAUGUCUACGUAAAGGUUAUAUCAAAGACGACAAGCAUACAAGACCUUUGAAAAGAAAACUGAAGAAAUUUCUUCCUGAGACGGAAGGAGAAGACAUGAGCAAAAAUGUAUCUGACUUAAUGAAAAAAAGAGCAACUCGAUUGUAUUAACUUAAAUUAAUGAACUGAUUACCAAGUUGUAUGUAUGAAGAUGACUGGUAACUAUAAUGCUAUCUGUAUCUUGUAUUGGAUCAAACAUACAACAGUUUCUUCUAGUUUAGAUCAUGUGACAGAAGACGAUGAAGUACCAUAAGUUCAUAUCACAACUUUUACAGUUGACAAUACUGUUCAAAGAUGCUGUAGUGUAAGGUUUUAUAGCAAGGAACACAGCUCGU